AUGGAUCCCAAAUUUUUUGAGCAGAAUCUAAUUCAAAAAUAUGGUUUGACCGAAAAAUCAGAUAUAUAUAGUUUAGGGGUAUUAUUCUGGGAAUUAACAAGUCGUUCAUCACCUUUCAAUUUUGAAAAAAAAAGAUUUGACCGUGAUUCUAUUAAAUUAAUGAUUCUUAAUCGUGUUAGAGAAAAUCCUAUUCCAAAAACAAAUGAUAAAUUCGUUUCACUUUAUAAAAAAUGUUGGCAACAUGAACCAGACGAAAGACCACCUAUUUGUCAAGUAAUUGAAGAACUUGAUAACAUUGAUCCUAUAAUCAACAAUUUACCAACUAAUUCUAACAAAAGUAAAAUAACACAGGAUAAAGAUUCUGACUUGAACAUUACGACAUAUAGUACAUAG